AUGAAUUUAGAGAAUCCAAAUAAAUUAAAAUGGAAACAAUAAUACAUUCGAAAAUAUAGGGAUCUGUUGGGAAUUUCGAAUCUCAAAGUGUCAGAAGCUUAACCAAUGGAUAACCAUAUAACUCCUGGUUAUUUGGAUCACAUAGACAGAGUUUCGAAACAGAGAUCUCAAUCUAUGAAAUACAAUGAUGAAAGUUUCCAAAGCAGAAAUAGUUCUUAUAGUGUGAAUAGAAAACUAUCAGAAAUGAAUUCCACCAAGAUAUACUCUGCUGCUGAGAUGAAUCAAAUCAUCAAACAUGCCAAACUUUGUGGAUUGCUCCAUAAUAAACCUCAAGUAUCUCCAUUCUAAUCAUAGCAUUAACCAUUAUUAGAACAAAAUAGAAAGCAUUUUGAAGAAGUUCGAAAUUUAUAAAAGAGUUGGCAUUACUCAAAAAUUCGAUAAUAAGAAUAAAAUCUCUAAUUCAAUAGAAUUCCUAUGGAAUAACAUUAUCAAUUUAAAUUGAAUCACAAGAGACGAGAUCUAAAUAUCUAACGAUUGAUAUAAGAAUAGAAAACCCUAUACUAAUCAAAUAAUACUCAGGCUAUUGAAGCUACAUUGUCAAGUGGCCAAGAUUGA